AUGUCUGCCCAAGAGGACAUGCUGACCCCGCGGGGCAAUAUUGAGGGAUUCCUAGCAACAGCGAAAGAAGAUAAUACAACUCCAGAUGUAUCUAAAAGAGCAGCCACCAGCUCGUCUGCCAGCACAGUUUUCAAAAUCCCAGACCAGCCAGAAAGUUUCAUAGCACCAAGGCUGCUGGUAUCUUCCAACACUGCACCCACCCCAGGCAGCAAGUUCACACCUCGUACAAAUGUUUUUAACCUCAUACAUUUCACAGAAGAUUCAGAACAGACACCAACAGUGAGAGGUAGUGAUUGGCUGGAUCAAGCUUCCUCCGAGUCUGGUGUAUCUGCAACUAAACAUCCAGAAUGGGUUCAGGAGGUCAACCUGUCACCGAUGUCCUUGUCCCAUACAAGUGAAGGACAAGAGGAUUCUCCAUCCACCGUCAAACAGGUUUUUAAACGACCCCGUCGAUCAUUCCACAUCCCUGUGCCAAAAAGAGUGGUCAUGGCACAGGCUGCAAGCAAGGGAAUCU